AUGCCCACUGUGGCUCGAGGUACUGGUAAAUCGAAUAUAUUGAGUAAGUUGGCGAAAAAGUUGGGUAUUGUGAUGGUGGGACCUCCGUUGGCAGCUGGUGAAUUAAAUCGUUCACUUGUUGGAGAAAGUGAACGAAUAUUGAUUGCUUUAUGUUCACCUUGUAAUCAUGUACCAUCAUGUUAUCAAAAUCACCCAGACGUUAUCAAAAUUCGAGUGAAGGCAAAUGCUACAAAUCAAUUAUAUAUGAUGGAUGAAGCAUUUUUGGGUCGUCUAUCAGGUAAAUUUUUUGUUGGUCGACCAUCAUCGAAUGCACGUAUGACAUUACUUCGUAAAAUACCCUUUUGGAUGGUCGAGCCAGAACUACUCGGUCGACUAUCGAUUGUGACGAAAAAUUUUUGUGGAGCCGCUGUCACAGCAUUGAAUCGAGACAUCACUACUCAUUGUAUCGAAAUGAAACUUACGAAUCCGAUUGGUGAAAUUGAAGCAUUGAAAUUAGCCGAUACUACAGCUCAAAAUCAUCAAAUAUUUAUUGGCAGCGAAACAUUAUCUCGUCUUCUUCUACGUAAUCUACUUACCAGUUCUCGUCCUCGUAUUUAUCAAUUAUCGAAAAAAUAUAAAUAUUCAGGACGUAUGAUUGUCGAUUUACACAAUAAAUAUAUACGUACUGAAGUAUUACAAUCGACUAUAAAUACUGAAGAAUUAUCCAUUCUCGAAUACGCAUUAGAACCAAAUGAAACAAAUGUUCAAACUUUACUCGAACGUUUAACUGCCUGUGAAAAAAGUCGUAAUGCUCAAUUACCUCAAUUAAUCGAUCUUAAUUUACUUGCUUCAAAAAGUGCUCACGGCGAGAAACAAGUGUACGAAACAUUAAAAGAUCGUUAUGAUGAAUGUGCUGCUUAUACACGUUCGAUGAUUAUCUACGAUCUUGAUGCAUUAAUUGGUAUAACGAAAUCGGAAUGCGAUUCGAAUACGGGCUGUUCAAUGUCCUAUUCAAUACACAAUCAAGGUAUUUAUACAUAUGUAUUGGCAAGAUUUCGUGAUCGUAUUAUGGUAGAUAUUCAAAUGAAAAAACUGAUAAUGUCGAACGAUGGACAAUAG